AUGUCUAGACGGCUAAAAGAUGACGAUAUUGAGGAUUUACUUGCACGAAAGGAAAAUGGAGACAUUUCUGAAGACGAAGAGGAUAUGGGUGAUAUGAACGAAAUUGAUUAUCACCCGGACCUACAAGAUCUAAUAAGCGAAUUAGAGGACAAUAAUGAUGACGAUGAAGAAGACAAUGAAAAUCCACCUUCGAACAUGGAAAAAGGAUGGUUGGAUCACUUCAAUAGUCCAGCUCCAGGACCUUCGAAUUGUCAACCACAUUCAAGCCUUCUUGGUGUUGCAGCGUGGAGGCAACGAAGUAGAGAACUUAUAUGGAAAAAGCGUAAUUUGCAAUACAGUGAAGAACGUAUACGUUUCACAGGAAAUACAGACCUUUCCCCUCCACAAGCCGCGCUUGAAACACCAUUACAAUUUUUCUCCGAAUUUAUGAAUGAGGAUAUACUCACUGUUAUUGUGGAACAAACAAAUUUAUACAUCACGCAAAAAAAUGUAUCCAACUGUCCUCCUGUAACUGCUACUGAAAUCCGUCAAUUUCUAGGUAUCAUCAUAUUUAUGUCCGUGUACUAUUACCCAAAUGUUAGAUACUACUGGGGUAAAUAUGGCUUCGAUCAUAUACGACAGACCAUGACGGUAAAUAGAUUUGAGAAAAUAAGAUCAAUAAUACAUUUCAAUGAUAAUGCACAGCAUAAACCGAUUGGACACCCAAACCAUGAUCGUCUUCAUAAAAUAAGACCUGUUGUAGUACACUUGAACAAAUUGUUCGUGAGUGUGGCACCAUUUGACCAAAGGCUCUCUCUAGAUGAGCAAAUGUGUUCGACUAAGGUAGCUCAUUUUAUGAAGCAAUAUUUACCCAACAAACCCCAUAAAUGGGGUUUUAAGUUGUUUUUUUUUUGUUCACUCUCUGGAUAUGCUUAUAGUUUUGAAAUAUAUUCUGGUAAACAAAAUGUUGACAACUUAUCUGAUGAACCUGAUAUUGGCGUAGUCGGUAAUACAGUGAUUAGAUUGUGCCGUUCCAUUCCACGAAAAAUGAACCAUAUCCUAUAUUUCGACAAUUUCUAUACAUCCGUUCCUUUACUGUAUUACCUAUUGACUGCCUCGUUAGUCUAG